AGUCAUGUUUCCAAAUUACUGCUUUACAAAAUCGGCCAGACAGUCGGGCUACGAUGUUAUAAGAAGGGGCUAUCACGCCAAGGGGGGUUUACAGCGCAGCAGUGGUCAAAGAUCGGAAAACCGCAACUCCAGCGAUUCACUUAGGAAGAUUUCAAAGCGCCAGAGAAAUUCUUCCAAGUCCAGCUCAUCGCGCGCCAAGGUUUCGUCUUCCAAGAGUGUGGGAUUCCGAUUGACACCAAGGAUUUGUUCGAGCAAAAGGGAUAACCGUGAACCAGGUGGCGACGAUCCCCAGAAGGAUAAAAUGUCCUCCGAAUCCAUCAACGAUCCCAAUCGCGAUCUACAGGAAUCCUUCGCCGAUUUCUUUAGCAUCAUUCACGAUAAUGUUUUGGAAUCGGUUCAGGAGGCAGUGCAGCGAAUGGUGAGCAAUUGCUUUAAAGAGUCCCUGACCAAAAUGGAGCGACUGUCCAAGGAGCUGCAAAACCAGGAGGCAAUGCUCAACAAAAUCUAUCGCGAUGUUACCAACAAAAUUACCGCCCAGAGUGAAACGAACCUGAACCAAUUCAAGUUCGUUACCCAAAUGCUCAUCGACAACCAAACGGUGCACUACAGGGCACUCAAUCAGGCGAAGGCGAACAGGCAGCAAAGGAAAGAGGAGCGGGUUGCGGAGAAGGAGCGGAAGUUGGAGCGGGAACGGAAGCGGAAGUGCGCCUGCAAGGAGGUGCAGAAUGAACGCAGUCCAUGCAGAAAUCGAUGCAGAAGUUCCAGUGUGGAUCUCUCAUCCAAAAAGAGAAGUUCCGGUGGCGAAGCCAAGGAAUCCACGCCAAGAGGCCCACAACAUCAAUUGUGCCAACAGCAGGCGCCUCUGGUCUAUCAUAUGUGCCAGUCCUGUACGGAUCAGGAAUCCAUGGCCAGGAAACAGGAGUCAUCGAAGAGAAUAUCCCGCUCAUCAUCAAGGCAUAUAAAUACCCCUAUUCUGCCAAGGCGAUCCACUUCCUACAGCAUGCCAGAUCUCUGCGGACGCACUUCGUCCCUUUCCAGGCGUUGCACUCCCACACGAAAUCUUUCACGGGUCUCCAAGAGCUGUUUAAACCGAUCCUUUAACAACAGACAAGAUCAGAUUGUCUGCCUUCCGGCCAUGACUUAUCCGCCCUACGUACGCAACAUUCCAAUUCCCCGGCGAAAGUUACAUAAAUAAAUAUAAUAUUUUAUCCAGCCAUAGAUAAAAGAAUCUGCUGUUGCAUC